AUGGAUUUGAUCCACCGGUUCCUGAACCUAGUAGCGCCUCCUGCGACCUUCUUCACCCUCUUGUUUUUCGUACCACCGUUGUAUUUUUUCAAGUGCUUCCUCUCAUUUGUAAGCUCGGUAUUCUACGAAGACGUCACCGGCAAGGUCGUCCUUAUCACCGGUGCUUCCUCCGGCAUUGGCGAGCAUCUGGCUUAUGAGUACGCGAAGAGAGGGGCAUGUUUGUCUAUUUGUGCGAGGAGAGAGCAUCGUCUUCGCUAUGUAGCUGAGAGGGCACUUGAGUUGGGGGCUACCGAUGUUAUAGCUGUUCGUGCCGAUGUUUCCAACGUUAAUGACUGCAAACUCCUCGUUGAUGAAACCUUGGAUCGCUUUGGCCGCUUGGAUCAUCUGGUAAAUAAUGCUGGGAUCAAUCAAGUGUGUCUACUUGAAGAAGCCGAUGAUAUCACUGAUUACAGACCCGUUAUGGUGAUUCGUGCAUUGCCGUCUUCACAGGAUAUAAACUUUUGGGGUUCAGUUUAUACAACCCGGUUCGCAGCUCCACACCUCAGAAACAGCAAGGGUAAGAUCAUUGCCCUCUCUUCAGUUGUUUCAUGGUUGCCUGUGCCGAGGAUGAGCUUGUACAAUGCAAGCAAAGCAGCGGUCAUGCAAUUUUUUGAGACCCUGAGAGUUGAAUUUGCGCCCGAUGUCAAGAUCACAAUAGUGACUCCUGGACUUGUAGAGUCCGAAUUAACUCGAGGCAAAUACUUGACCAAGGGAGGGAAACUGGUACUUGAUCCAGAAAUGAGGGAUGUACAAGUGGGCAUAGGACCCGUUGCUACAACAGACUACUGUGCCAAGGCAAUCGUGGACGGUGUGUGCCGGGGAGAUAGAUAUGUGACAGUUCCAGCAUGGUUUAGGGUCACCUAUCUAUGGAGGGUCUUCUGGCCUGAGGUGAUUGACUGGACAUACCGAUUACUGUUUAACCCAAGGCCAGGGGCCUCACCGGAGGAAGCGCUUAGCAAACGUCUCCUGGAUCUCACUGGAGCACAGAAAAUACUUUACCCAGAGACCCUCCAGAUACCUGCUGAGCAGAAAGGGGAUUAA